AUGGAUGGUGCACCUACUAGUGCAUGGAUGGUGCACCUACUCGUGCAUGGAUGGUGCACCUACUCGUGCAUGGAUGGUGCACCUACUCGUGCAUGGAUGGUGCACCUACUCGUGCAUGGAUGGUGCACCUACUCGUGCAUGGAUGGUGCACCUACUCGUGCAUGGAUGGUGCACCCACUCGUGCAUGGAUGGUGCACCUACUCGUGCAUGGAUGGUGCACCUACUCGUGCAUGGAUGGUGCACCCCACUCGUGCAUGGAUGGUGCACCCCACGUCGUGCAUGGAUGGUGCACCCACUCGUGCAUGGAUGGUGCACCUACUAGUGCAUGGAUGGUGUACCUACUCGUGCAUGGAUGGUGCACCUACUCGUGCAUGGAUGGUGCACCUACUCGUGCAUGGAUGGUGCACCUACUCGUGCAUGGAUGAUGCACCUACUCGUGCAUGGAUGGUGCACCUACUCGUGCAUGGAUGGUGCACCUACUCGUGCAUGGAUGGUGCACCCACUCGUGCAUGGAUGGUGCACCCACUCGUGCAUGGAUGGUGCAACCCACUCGUGCAUGGAUGGUGGCACCUACUCGUGCAUGGAUGGGUGCACCCACUCGUGCAUGGAUGGUGCACCCACUCGUGCAUGGAUGGUGCACCCACUCGUGCAUGGAUGGUGCACCCACUCGUGCAUGGAUGGUGCACCUACUCGUGCAUGGAUGGUGCACCUACUCGUGCAUGGAUGGUGCACCUACUCGUGCAUGGAUGGUGCACCCACUCGUGCAUGGAUGGUGCACCCACUCGUGCAUGGAAUGGUGCACCUACUCGUGCAUGGAUGGUGCACCUACUCGUGCAUGGAUGGUGCACCCACUCGUGCAUGGAUGGUGCACCCACUCGUGCAUGGAUGGUGCACCUACUAGUGCAUGGAUGGUGCACCUACUCGUGCAUGGAUGGUGCACCUACUAGUGCAUGGAUGGUGCACCCCACUCGUGCAUGGAUGGUGCACCCACUCGUGCAUGGAUGGUGCACCCACUCGUCAUGGAUGGUGCACCCACUCGUGCAUGGAUGGUGCACCUACUCGUGCAUGGAUGGUGCACCUACUAGUGCAUCGAUGGUGCACCUACUCGUGCAUGGAUGGUGCACCCACUCGUGCAUGGAUGGUGCACCCACUCGUGCAUGGAUGGUGCACCUACUCGUGCAUGGAUGGUGCACCUACUCGUGCAUGGAUGGUGCACCUACUCGGGCAUGGAUGGUGCACCUACUCGUGCAUGGAUGGGCUCACAUAGCGGGCAAGUCAACGCUGGUGCUGCAGGUGUGUCCCUUGCCCCUUGCAGAGACACGAGGAGUAGCCGCAGCACAGCCUGCUGUGGCCACUUGA